AUGUCGACAUCCCCCUCACCAUCAACACAACAGGAGGCCAACACGUCGUUCAAGAUCCGAGGCGUGGUGGAGGGCUUGCUCCCGGACACCCUGCGCCGCAUCCCGAUCGAGAAGCGGUUCAACCGCGCGUACGUGCGCGAGAUCUGCCGCGAGGCGGACGGGUACCAGCCGCACCUGGUCUCCCCCGAGCGCGGCAUCCGGCGCCUGGUGGCGGAGGCCAUGCUGCUGACCAACGACCACGUGCACCGCUUCGUGGACGAGGUGCAUGGCGUGCUGCAGGACACGGUGCGCGAGGCAGCGCGGCGCUCCGUGCUGGCCGAGGCCGGCCUGGGCGCCACGCCCGGCAUGGAGUUCCUGCGCCUCAAGGGCUUCGAGAACGCAGUGGUGGUGGCCGCCGACCGCGCGCUGGAGGAGUGGAAGGCAGAGGCCCACAAGGUGGCCAGCACCAUGGUGGCCAUGGAGUGCGACUACGUGACCCCCUCCUUCUUCCGCGAGCUGGAGCGGGAGUGGCAGGAGGCGCAGCACGGCGGCGCAGGGGGCGACGGCGAGGAGGGCGCAGGGGGUGGGGCCGGGCCGGGCGCGCCGGCGAUCCGGGAUGCGGGCGACGACGACGACGACGACUCGGAGGACGGCGUGGCCGAUGGCGAGGCGGGGCGCGGGUCCGCGACCCCGGGCUCGGCCCCACCACCCGUCUCCACCGCCCCCGACCUGAAGGGCGGCUGGCUGGACAAGCGGUCGGGGGACAGCUCCUCGCUCAACGCCCUCCCCGUCGACUCCUGGAAGUGGCAGCGGCGCUGGUUCGUGCUGGCGGGGGCCGCGGGCGUGCUGGCCUACUUCCGCAACCCGGAGGAGGCGGCGGGGCGCACCGCCCAGCCCCGCGUCACCAUCCCGCUCAAGGCCUGCAUGGUGGGCAGCGUGGAGGACCUGGACGCGUAUUACGACCGCCUGGGCGCCUUCACGGGGACCUACGCGCGCGCCAUCUACGACCGCAUGUCCAAGACCGUGCCCAAGGCCAUUAUCCUGUGCCAGGUCAUCCGCUCGCGCGACCGCCUCCUGGACCAGCUUUACACCUACCUCACCGCCCUCAAGCCGAUCGAGAUCGAGGCGCUGCUGCAGGAGGACUCCACCGUGGUGAAGCGCCGCUCGGCGGCGCAGACCGCCGCCAAAGAGCUGGAGCUGGCUCAGGACGAGGUGCGGCGCGCGCAGGAGCGGCGCGCGACGGGCACCUCGCCGCGCGUGGAGAAGGCGGCGGUGUCGGCGCGCGCGCUGCUGCUGGCGGGGGCCUUCCCCCUGGUGCCGGCCAACCUGGUGCCGCGCGGGACAAACCCCGCCAAGCUCUACGGCGAGCACACGCCCAUGGCCCUUUCGCCAGGGCCCAAUGAGGGGCCCAACAGCAUCAGGCUGGGGCCGCCGGUGAAGGUGCAGGCAGACGGCUCGGCGGCCAACGGCAGGGGGGAGGAGGCGCAGGAGGCGCCACGCGCGAGCCCCGCGCCGGCGAUGGAACCGGAGGCCGAACCCGCGCCCUCCUCCAAGCCGCCGAGGCGCCAGCCACCGCCCCCGCCGCCAAAGCUGGCGUCCUGA